AUGAAGCGCUGCAAGAGCGCGGCAGAUCUCCUGGCGCACCAGCGGGCCGACGUCCCUUGCGAAACCAGGACGGAUGCGUUCCCGGAAGGCACCAUGAUGCCGUCCCAGGAGGAGGCUCUGCGGGUGAAAAAGCGGGUGCCGCCCAACACCACCGAGGAGCAGAGGUGGAACGAGGUGUACAUGGUGCUCUUUCCAGAUUCGGGCUUGGACUCGCUGCCCACGCCUUUUUAUGAAGAUGACCAAACCGAUCCCCGCAACGCAACCGAAACUUCCCUCUUCACAAAAUUCAAUGAUUCCCCGGAUGGCGACGCUUGGUUCUGCAGUCCUUCCGACUACGAACAGUACCUGAGCCGCAGCCUCCCACAGCGGGUGCAGCGGGAACUAGAGAGGCAGAUCCAGAAGGACUUUGGGUUUUUUGGGGACGAGACGCAGACCAGGCGGGUGGUGGAUAUGGUGCAGAAGCUGCAGCUCAGGUUGUUUCGACAGUUUCAGCAGGAAGGGGAGGGCAGGCAUACCGGUCUUGGGUCUGAUGGAUGUGGGUGA